AUGAGUGAUAUGGAAAAAAUUGUUGAACAAUUACGAACUGAAGCUAAUAUUAAACGAAUUAAAGUAUCGGUAGCAUGCAAAGAUUUAAUUCAAUACUGUCUAAAACACGAACAUAAAGAUGUACUUAUACAUGGCUUCGACAAAAGUCCAAAUCCAUUUUUUUUUAGAAAAGGCUCUAUAUUUUUAUGUGAAAAUCCGCCAAAUUAA